AGGGGGCGGGCUGGCUGCCGGGCGGCCGCGCGCCGGGGCCAUGCCGCGCUCCUUCCUGGUGGACUCGCUGGUGCUGCGCGAGGCGGGAGAGAAGAAGGCGCCCGAGGGCAGCCCGCCGCCGCUUUUCCCCUAUGCGGUGCCCCCGCCGCACGCGCUGCAUGGUCUCUCGCCCGGCGCCUGCCACGCGCGCAAGGCCGGGCUGCUGUGCGUAUGCCCGCUCUGCGUCACCGCCUCGCAGCUGCACGGGCCUCCCGGGCCGCCCGCUCUGCCUCUGCUCAAGGCGUCCUUCCCGCCCUUCGGCUCGCAGUACUGCCAUGCGCCCCUGGGCCGCCAGCAUUCUGCAGUGUCGCCCGGGGUCGCUCACGGCCCGGCCGCCGCCGCCGCGCUCUACCAGACCUCCUACCCACUACCGGACCCCAGGCAGUUCCACUGCAUCUCCGUGGACAGCAGCUCGAACCAGCUGCCCAGCAGCAAGAGGAUGCGCACGGCGUUCACCAGCACGCAGCUGCUAGAGCUGGAGCGCGAGUUCGCCUCCAACAUGUACUUGUCCCGUCUACGCCGCAUUGAGAUCGCGACCUACCUGAAUCUGUCCGAGAAGCAGGUGAAGAUCUGGUUUCAGAACCGCCGGGUGAAGCACAAGAAGGAGGGCAAGGGCGGCAACCACCGCAGCAGCGGGGGUGCUGGUGCUGGCGGGGGCACACCUCAGGGCUGCAAGUGCGCGUCGCUCUCCUCAGCCAAGUGCUCCGAGGAUGACGACGAAUUGCCCAUGUCUCCGUCCUCCUCGGGGAAGGACGACCGAGAUCUCACGGUCACUCCCUAGGCG